AUGGCGGACAUUGAAGUGUCCGUGGAGACAGAAGAGCAGUUCUGGGACGGUCAGUCCACCCUCCAGUUCGCACUCCCGCCUUCGCGCGACGAGCUCCGAGAAAUCGUAUCGGUGGCACAAUGCGACUCGCACGAGACCAUCGACGACUCCCUGCGGUCCUGGCUCUACCUCGUCUCUACCUGCCGCGACACCUUCCUCCACAGCGAGGAUGACGUUGCCACCUGCUCCCAGAUGCUCAUCGAAAGCCAGAUCUUCUGCGCGAACCAGGAAUACGUCCGCACCCAGAUCAUGUAUAGCCUGCUCCAGGAGGACGACCCGAGCUCCCUCAACGUCAUCGCCAACUUCCUGCUGCUCGACGGCCGAUCCGACGAGACCACCUUCAAGUCCAUGAUAGACGAGGGAUGUUUCCCCAAGCUGGUAGAGCUGAUCAAGAGCCGCAGGGAUGAUGACAGGAGGCUGCACCGGCUGCUGCUGGAGCUCAUGUACGAGAUGGCGCGCAUCGAGCGCCUGCGCCUCGACGACCUGCUGUGUGUCGACGACGACUUCGUCACCUAUAUGUUCCAGCUGAUCGAGGGCCUCUCGGACGACGUGAACGACCCAUAUCACUACCCAAUCAUACGGGUGCUGUUGGUCAUGAAUGAGCAGUACAUGGUCGCCGCUACUACCGCCGCCGUCGAUGCUUCCACGCCGGCGGUCCCCAUAACGAAUCGGGUCAUCAAGAUACUCAGCCUCCACGGCCCCAGCUUCAGGACGUUCGGCGAGAACAUCAUCCUCCUGCUGAACAGGGAGACGGAGACGUCGCUGCAGCUCCUGAUACUGAAGCUGCUCUACCUCCUGUUCACGACCAAGGGCACCUACGAGUACUUCUACACCAACGACCUGCGCGUCCUCCUGGACGUCAUCAUCCGCAACCUCCUCGAUCUCCCAGACGAGUCCAUGUCGCUGCGCCACACCUACCUGCGUGUGCUGUACCCCCUCCUGGCGCACACCCAGCUGAGCCACCCGCCGCACUACAAGCGCGAGGAGAUCCUCAAGGUUCUGUCCAUUCUCAGCGGCGAGGGCAGCCUCCACUUCGCCCCCGCCGACGAGACCACCCUGCGCCUGGUCGACCGCGUGUCCAAGGUCAAGUGGCUGGGCGAGAGCGCCGAGGGCGAGGUCGCCCGCAAGUUCCUGGGAAUUAGCCUAUCGCACUCCCAGACACAGAGCAACGUCAGCGUCGUCGACGUCGCCGCCGUCAUGGAGAAGCCCGGGGUCAAGACGCCCAGCCGGACCAGGCCCGCCGCGGCCGACGCCAAGGAUGCAGCGGAGGAGGUAAAACAGGAGCUGACGGGGGCCGCACCGGCGCCAGCGGCAGGGACAGGGACGGAGGCGGCGCCGAAACCUAAGAAGGUCCUGCCCGCGGUGCCGAGGCACAGGCACGGCAAGCCUACCACGCCCGUCCUGCCUGAGGUGCUGGUCAACGGCAGCGGCAACAACAGCACCAGUAACAACAUCAACAGCAACAGCGCCAGCAAUGGCGGCGCGCCUGCAAAGAAGCUUCCGCCCAAGACGCCGCCUCCUCGUAGGACGAGGCUGAGAGUCGCAGAGGCGCCGCCUCCGACCCCGGCAGCAGCGUCCUCUGCGCAGGCGUCGUAA